AUGAAGGCAAAGAUUAGACGGCGACAGGAAUGUGUUAGGGCGUUCAGGCGGUCGGUAGGACGAUCUAUUUAUCUCUCUCUCUCUCUCUCUCUCUCUCUCUCUCUAUCUAUCUAUCUAUCUAUCUAUCUAUUCAUGUCUAUUCCAGUCUGUUCAUAUCUAUUUAUUCAUGGCUAUCCCAGUCUGUUCUUAUCUAUCUAUUUAUUCAUGGCUAUCCCAGUCUAUUCACAUCUAUCUAUCUAUUCAUGUCUAUCUCAGUCUGGUCAUAUCUAUCUAUCUAUCUAUCUAUCUAUCUAUCUAUCUAUCUAUCUAUCUAUCAAAACUUUCCAACGCCUAAUGCUAUGCAUCAAGUUGUUCAAUAUAGCAUUCUUUACAUCUCUCUUUCUUUCUCUCGAUCUGCCAAACUAUCUCUCUCUCUCUCUCUCUCUCUCGACAUCUAUUUCAUCUGCCAAAUUUUCUCUAUACAAUUCUUUCGCUCUCGGUCUGCCAACCCCACCUCUCUCACUCUCUCUCUCUCUCUCCCCCUCUCUCUCGCUUUACAUCUGUAAAGCCUGCCAAACUCUGGGCCUGCCAAAUUCUCUCCCUUUCUCUCUCUCGGUCUACCAGAUUCUCUCUCUCUCUCUCAGUUUGUUAAAGUCUCUCUCUUUUUUCAUCUGUUUCAUUCAGUCUAUCAAACUCUUUUUCUUUCUCUCUGCAAACUAUCCACCUUUACACUUCUCUCUCUCUCUCUUUUUCUCGAUUCUCUCUCUCUUUUUUUUACAUAUUUCAGCUCUCCCUAUUUCUUUCUCUCUGUCUGCGAAACUAUCUCUUAUUUUUACACAACUCUCUCCCUCUUUUUCUCGGUCUGUGAAACUCUUUUUAUCUCACUCUCUUCUUAAUUAUUUAUAUGCCUAUCUAUUUAUCUUACUGCCUUACACUGUCUUUAGUCUGGUACCCAUUUUUUUAAAUUUUCAUAUCAAACUGUCACGUGACUAUCAAAUUAUUUUACUUUAA